GUGCAAUCGCGUACUCUGUGACCGAAGCUUCCCCAGAAGGCUGCAUCGUCUCAGGAUCGCCAUUUUAUGUGUUUGGCUCUGAGACUGGGACGGUGGGUGCGUGCGGUGCAAACUACAGAGCGUAUUAUCCGUGUAUUAUCCGCAAGAUGUUACCCAAAUACUUUUCGCCCGACAUGUACAAGUAACGACAGGUGUCGGAGUGUGUGAUCGGGCAGCGGAAGGCUCGGGCCGAAAUGGUCCCGGAAUAGUGAGCUGUGCGUGAGUGUGUUUUCAUCGAGUAAGUGCGUCGCACACUGGCUUUUCAUCGCUGUCAUCAGUUUGUUGAAUAUCUGUGCCAUUCGGAAAGUCACCUUUGGGUCAAAUUACGGACGGCCUCUGGAUUUCUUGCGACCACCCUUCGCCACCAUCUACGAUGAGUUCGCGCAACAUACCCUCAGACAAGAUAAAUCUACGCCUCAUUCUUGUCAGUGGUAAGACAAAAGAGUUCCUAUUCAGUCCGAGCGACUCUGCGGGGGACAUAGCGCACCAUGUGUUUGAAAACUGGCCGGAAGAUUGGGCGGAAGAGGCAGUCGCUAAAGCGGAGAUCCUGCGGUUAAUCUACCAGGGACGUUUUCUGCACAGCAAUGUUACGCUCGGUGCUCUUGGGCUUCCUUUCGGGAAAACCACGGUGAUGCAUCUGGUCCCACGAGAGAACCUUCCCGAGCCUAAUUCUCAAGAUCAGAGGCAAAAAAGUAAAGGUGGCGGGAGUAGUUGCUGCUCAGCUUCCUGUUGCAUACUUUAAAGAAAACGUUGGCUGCCCUGGAUAUAUUUUGAGGUCGUUCCGUGUGAGAGCCAGCUCCCACGUUCUUCUAGCUGAGCCAUGGUUUCUAAGGUUUUGAUGCUGAUGUAUCACUGUUAGUGGAUGAGCCUCGUGAGCAGUGUAGCAAAACGAAGUUGUCGCAACCCUGUUGCUAAUUCAUCUAAAUUACAAACGAAAGAAAAAGAGAGAAAAAAGAAAGAAUUUACAUUGGUUUGCCCGCACGCUAGAACGAUGAAAGAGAAAACAUCGUUCAUCGUCCCAGGUGAACAAAUUCUUUCGUCGUUGUUAACAUUGAAAAAAAAAAAACAUAAAAUGAAAAAAAGAAGGAAACAAAAAUUAUAGUGAAAAUGUCUUGAAAGGCAAGAUCUAUAUGUUGAUAACGUCGCACUAAUUGGAGGAAAUUUAAACGUGACCAAUGCCAAAUAAUAUGACCUAUAUGAAAGCUACAUCCUAUUUUGUUCGCUAGUAACCAUGUACUCUUGACCGGUGUGUUUACACAGAAAAUCUAUUUAUAAUCCAUCUCGCGACAGAAGAUCGGCAAACACGUUUUUAGGGAUAUCGAUGACCCAGUUCGACUAUGGACAUUGGAACGCGUGACGUUGAGAAGCCGUUCAACCCUUCAUGAUCGAGAAAAUCAAGAGGAAGUUACGCUACUUGUGGGGCAUCGACGAUUGAUUCGGCUCUCGAAGCCUAUUAAUUACACGUGUAAAAUGGAGCAAAAAGUUGAUUCCAUUAAAAUACAUUUUUCGUUGAGAAGGAGAUUAGGACAUGGUAGAGCCUUUCGAAAAGAAUGGAGGACGAUGGUACGCGUUCUUGAACGGCGCUACACGAUGCUUAGAAACUCAACCACUAUCCGAUUAUACUGCAGCGUUAAAUAGUAAUUAUUAUUGUAGACGGGAUCCGUGUGUGUAUGUGUGUAUGUGUGUUGCGUACGAAUGAAUGUGUUACAUUUGAAAUAUCGACGAAAAGUGAGAGUGACUGGAAAAGAACGAAAGAGAGCGAGAGAGAGAGAGAGAAAGAAAUUUAUGUUGUGAUAUGCAGGUAGUGAAUAUAAUUAUAUAUUAUACAUACUAUUAUUAAAAUUAUAUAUUAUAUAUAUAUAUAUGAAAUUAUAUAUAUAAAUAUAUAAUGGUAUGAGACAUGUUGACAAGCAGUUAAACUCUCAUACACAGGAUAGACUUUAUUAUCAUGAAUUUAAAGUAAUAUUAUGACGCCACUUCGAGAGUUUAGUAUUCUGGAAUAAGAUUACAGAGGAAAAUGAACAUUGGAUCUCUAAUGGUAGUUAUGAUUAAAUAAACACUCAAAUAUAUUUCCUGUUAGCUCCUUCAUCUCCAUUCCUGUUCCCUCAAUUGUUUCCUUCGUCCUCGUAAAACCCCUGCUCCUCCCUUUAUCCUCAUCCCUCAGCCCGUUUCGAUUCAUCUCAACCCUCUCCCUCGCCACUUUAUUCUGUUUCCACCCGUCCAUUUCCUCUUUUUUCCUCUCUUUUUUUUUUUUUUUUUUUUUAAUAUCGAUCGGGCCUAGAAACGUCAUUCAUAGACCCAAACGAUCAAUUCAUGUUAUAGGUGAGAGUAUACCCAAUAUCGCGAGUAUUGAUUAUAGUUAGGUCCAACCAAACCAUUUUACGAUAAGUUGUAGCCUACUCUGUACUCAACUAUACUACUGUAUAAUGUACUAUGACUCUUACCAAUGCAUAAUACGUGUAUAUAUAAUGUUCUUAUGUAGUGAAAUUCAUCGUGAGGCGAAAUGAUGCCGGAUGUUUAUUUAAUUUAUUAUCGUAUGGAACGUCGACGGACAAUGCGUUUCUUUACACAUUCGAGAUCGUCGGUAUCUGCUUGACUCAUAAACCUGUGUACCAUAGAAAUUCAACUUGGCGCAUGUGUUUCUUAAUUCAUUAUAGUCAUCUUUUCUGAAAAAUAUAAUAAUUCUAAGGAUGAAAAAUUACGAACGAAAUUGUUGUUAAUUCGAAAUGUCCUUUACGAUUUGCUUAUCGUAUCUUAUGAAAUUUAAAGAAAGAUUUUUAUCGCGUUGUUGACUGGUGACAUUGAAAAAUUAAAAAUCGGAGAUAUAGCAAUCUCGGAAGGAGAUUAAAAAAAAAAGAAAAAAUGAUAUAAAAAUAUCGUUAUCGCACACAGUUCCUUUCUUAUUUGGCUUAUUCUUACAUAUUCCUCAAGUAUGUAGCUACAUAGUUCUUAAUCGAUCGAAACACGCGCAUUUUUCCUUGUAUAAGAAAAUAAUACGCCCAUUUAAAUAAUUGGUACGUUGAGUGCAUGCAGAUACGAUUAUAGGUUUAUGGGGAUGGCUAGCACUAUGAUUUAGCAUUUUAAUGUCUGAUUUCGCGAUCGACUUAUCAUCAAUCACGGUGUCGCCGUUUUCGUUUUUGUUCAUAUUUCCUUUCCGAUUCCUUUUCUCGUCUUUUCUUUUCCUUUUUCGGUUUAAGUACUGUUAAGACAUAGAUUAUUCGUAUGAAUGAUGUUUAUGAAAUUAACAAAUUAUUUAGCGAGUAAGUUUGAAAAGUUGCGAAUAAACACAUCACACGUACACGUACACACUCAUGAAUAUGGACUAUACAGAAGUAAAACACGAUGCCGAUGGUACACGAUCUUUUCAACUUUAAUCAACGAGAUCGAUCACACAACACGAAUAAUAAUUGUACUGCUGAAAUUCUCGCAAAGGCGAAACCGAUUUCCAUUUAUUUCGACAUCACGAGGUAAAACAACACGUGUAUAGAACACAGGAAAACUAAAAAGCAAAGAAAGAAAGAAAGAAGUUGCUCUGUAAUAAGCUUGUUGUAUAGUUCCUUUGACGUUACAAUAUUACUUUAAAGUCUCGCUGAAGAAGAAACGAAGCGUGUUUGUUCGAAACACAAGAUGAACAAAAAGAUAACAAAGAAACAAACAGAAUGGAGCUCUGUCGUCGAAGUUAAUAAGAGUAGGACAACUUUCCUUCUGCUAGGUGAAUCGUUCGAAAUUUUACCUCGUCUAUCGUAAGAGCUAUUUUGAGUGUUGUGACACGAUAUGAAAAUCGAGCGCGCGAUAUAUUCUUUGUAUAAAAAAAAAAAAGAGAGAAGUGUUCCGACUAGAAAGAACAUUCGACGACGAACGAAAACCCAGCUUUUACCAUCUCCCCCCCUAAAAACAAAGAACAAAAACGUGUUUACAAGAUAGUUAAUCACCAUCGUCGCGAAAACCACCAAAAAUCACUCCGGCUCUUUCUCUCUGUGUCUAAAUAUCCGUUGUUCUUGUUUUACGUUCGUCGUACUUUACGAAAAUGAUCUCACACCGAACGCAAGGCGAAUGAAAGAGAGAAGAAGAAAGAAAGAGAGAGAAAGAGAGAAAAGGAAAUACACGUAUCGUACCCACCACGAGAGCCGUAUCGAGUCGAGAAAAAAAAAAAGGAAAAUGGAAAUGAAAUUGUGAGCGCCAUGGAACUUCCGAGAGAUCGCGAGGAGGGGAAUUAAUUGAAAAAACAAAAACGAAAAAAAACAAAGAAACUGUAAUAGUGUAUUAUAUAUAAAACUAUACGCCUGACUCUAUUUGCUGUUUAAACGAGAAAGAUGAUAAAUGAAAAUAAAAUGGUAUUCUUAAAUACAAAAAAAAAGUAAUAAUUAUAAUAUUAAUAAUAAUAUUAAUAAUAAUAUUAAUAAUAAUAAUAAUAAUAAUGAAUAAUUAAUAAUAAUAAUAAACAGUCUACGAGGAAUAUAACUUACACACACUUACAUCAUAUCAAAAUUUCUAGCAGUUAAGAAUCAAAUCAUAGAUUUAUUUCUACACACAAACGCGUCUUUUCCGAUCGAAAUGCGAGCGCAUAAUACCAUUGUACAACCAGCGUACAAAAAAAGAAAAAAAGGAAAGAAAACACAUUUUUGAUUCUUCAUUAACGAGCAUCACGUGCAUCAUAACCGAGCAAAACUAUUAACCAGUUGACACCAACGCGAAUGUUCAUUAUUUACGACGCGAAUCGUAUGAAACUCGGGGAUCGUUCGCGAUCCUCGAUACGUCGUUCUCUCGAGUAAAAUGAGCUGAUUACAGGUUUCCAUCGCGUAUAACGUGAAAAACGAGGCUAGAGACCGGGCUCGAAAAUUGUUGUUACAGUCGUAUAGAAUCGAGCAAUGCGUGAACACAGCGAGACCGAACGUGAUUUUACUCGAGAUGUUCGAUAAUCUCUGAUGAGUUGGUUUCUUUCGUUGUGUUCAAGCAUACGCGCGAGCGUGCCGCGAAGAAGAUUAAGAAGAAGCGAAAGAAGAAAGCUAGUUUGACGGAGAAGAAUUUAAUAAGCCGUUGCGAAACCGCCAGGAAGAUCUUUCAUUUGCGAAUGGAAAACCGUAGUCAAUUUAGUUUACCACGAAUUUCGAUCAGACGUUGCAUGCAUUGGGAUUUCUCGUCUCUCAGAUAGAGCAUUGUUAUCGCUAGUCAGACAAAUUUUAUCGAUCGCGGGAGCAUAUUGGCGGAUCAACGAAACGAUGAUAAUAUAUUAAACGCCGUAAUAUUCCAGAUAUUGUAAAGAACGUUAUAAUUUUAUCGCUGUUCCGGAUAACUUAAAAUAGAUCGUUGUAAAAUGCAUCGAUUAAACGACAAAAUCAAAAUAACAUAACGAUCGUCAUAUGCGCGGCAAACAAACGGGAGUUUUACCUGAGACGAAGUAAAAAAAAAAAGGGGGCGGAACAAUAAUCGUAACGAAUAUUAAGCUUCGUUCGUAAGCAAACAUUCCAAAAAAUUAAGAAAAAAGAAAUCGAGUCCCACCUUCGUGUUUAAAAAACGAGAACCCCCUGCCCCCCUUCUUAUACCCCCUGUUUUAAUGAAUUGUCCCACUUAAGCCGUGUUAAAGAAGAGAAAUCGUAUUAGAGAUUCCGUGUUAUUCGAUGUUGAAAAAUAAUCGUAGCACUUUACGAUGUGAUCGUAAUCGAUGGAACGGUUGUAAUUAAUGGCUGAAAAUAAUAAUUUAAACGCAGGUGAAACACACGUGCGUGAAUUCUUCCUCGCACGCCGUGUACACACGAUCUUUAUCGACGUCGAGAUUCACGAUUUAACGACAAAGAUAAAAAAAAGUGAAAAAAAAAAGAAGAAGAAGAAGAGAAUAACGAAAUGUACAAAGCAAACUAUAUAAUUUUAUACGGAAAUCGGGAUGUAAUGAUUUUACUUGAGAUCCGUGAAACAUUAAAAAAAGAAUAAUAAAUUUCGUGCGCGACACUGAAAUUCUACUUUAGAACCAAACGAUGUAUUGUUGUAUAAAAUUAUUCUCUGACGACCUCUAAACUCUCUUCAAGUGACAAAUAAUCCUAAUUCUUCGUUGCUUUCACGUUUCACAGUUUGAAAACAGUAUUUUUCUAGGCAAAUCGUUUGUAUUCACGCGACACACACAACACACACACACACACACACACACACACAUACACACAAACAUGAUCCAUUACGAAUGCGCGAAUUCGUGAAAAUCGAUUUCGAAGGAAAAAGAAAGGAAUGCAUCCACGCGAUUUCAUUAAAUAUAUAUUUUUUGUUUCGUUCCGUAUAUUCGCUGAGAUUGAUCAUCGAUUCUUUCGUUUCGUUUGUUUUUCUGAAAAACGUCUCGUUUCUUUCUUUUCUUUUUUUCUUUUUUUUUUUUCUUCUUUUUUUCUCUGUGUAUCUAGAAACUGCGUGAAAUUUCAAAAACGAUUGAAAGUUAAGAAAAAAUUUACUUCACACGUGAGAAUGUUUAAUUUGCUCUCGGAGGGAAAACAGUUUCGAGCUAAAAAUGUCUUUUAAUCCUUUGACAAGAAGGAGAUGUAUAAAAGGUUUUCAACUGGCCGUCCUACAUAGAAUAUGGCGAAUGUUAAAUAUAUUAUUUGAAAGCUAUCCUACGAAUUGCCAUAACUUAUUGAUGCGUGUAAAUUGUAAACAAAGGAUCCAACAUUAACUAACGUUAAAGGUGUAAACAAAAUGUAACACGCAAUAAUUUUUGUAGACCUUACGUUAAUAAAACCGAUGUUAAUGAA